ACACAUAUACGGUGUCUCUGCUGUGACUGAGUAUCAGUUCAGAUGCUCAGAUAGAAUUAAAAAUGCGCUCCUCCGCCUUGUCGCCUCUGUUGUGCGCAUUUUCUUGACAAGCCCGUGUUCCUGCAGAAUGGUGCUCGAACUCAGAGGCUCAGCAGCAGCGUUUCCAGACUUCACCGUUAAACUCUGUCGGAAGCCUAAUUAAACAGCAGAGCACGCGCAGCACCUGUUCCCACCUUAAGGAACGAGAUGCAGGCGGUGGGCAAUACCCAGCGGGGCUCUCAGCGGGCCUUCAGUGUCCUGGACCGUCUGUUGCUCACGCAUCCCGUGUGGCUGCAGCUGUCGCUCAGCCAAGACUCUGCCCUCUACAUCCUGCUCAGAGAGCCUGUCGGGACUUUUUUAGUGCGCAAAUGCAGCUCCAGCCAAAGGAAGAUUUUGUGUUUGAGGGUGACAGCAGACAGAAGCACUUCCUCUGUUAAGGAGUGCUUCAUCUGUGAGGAAGACUCCACAUUCGCCUUGGAGAGCUCAGCGCUCAGUUUCCCCGACUUGUGUCGCCUGGUGGCCUUCUACUGUAUCAGCAGGGAUGUGUUGCCAUUUCCUCUGCAACUACCAGACGCCAUCGCUGAAGCUACAACACACAGGCAGCUGGAGGCCAUCUCACACAUGGGACAAGACUUCUGGAGUUCACCAAGUGCUUCAGACAUCCAGAAUGGACCAGUGGGGUGUGUUGCAUCAACCAGCGGCAGUCAGACCCAGACAGGGAUGAAUCAAGACCGAUGUUCUCUGCUGACCCGUGGAAGACAAGGCAAAGUCUGCUUCAUCAACCCACUGUUUCUUCAACUGGAGGUCAGCAAGCAGCCACAACACACAAACCACAGCGCCUCCAAUAAAAGGCAUCGCUUCAAGCGCAGCAUGCGGCUCCGGCUGUCCGAGUCCUCCAUGAAUUUGUCCCUGGAAGGGGUUGGCUCCUUCUCACCGCCCCCAUCAGUGGAGCAACCUGGAGUAUCAGAAGGGCUACACAAGGCCAACACCAACCCACAGAGGAGAGUUCAUGCAGGAGCCGGCGUCUUGAGGCGAACGCCAGCUGUAUCACCUGGGUCUGCAGAGGAAGACGACAUGAUGCCUGUCUAUGUGUCUCAAACAACUGCACCAGUGGAGGAGCCACCAAAAGCCCAGCAGGAGCCAUGUAUUGAAGUGGCCCUUUUAGCCCUGGAGCACCGUCCGGCUCCGUCUUUGGCUGAACUCGACAGCAGCAGCUCUUUCAGCAGCAUGGAUGAGGACAAUGACUCAGAUUCAGAUUCAGAAAUCAUGCCCCAAAUCCAAGCACACACCUACCAGAGACCGCCCCUGGUCCGCUCUCGAGGCCGUGGGGGGCUACACCGUAUGAGCGAGGCAUUCGUGUGUUUCUUUGCUCCAGACAAACGUCUGACUCGACUGGUGGAGGAGCUUUCCAGAGACAGACGCUCAAUCUUUGGAGGCAUGGUUCAGGACUUUCUCCUGGAGCAGAGAGAGGUGCUCAAAUCACUGACCUCUGCUUCAUCAUCAUCCUCUUCCUCAUCACGUGUGACCACCGUGCAGCUUCUGCAGGGUCUGCGUCUCUUUCUGUCACAGCUAAAGUGCUGCUUGCUGGACAGUGGAGAGCUGGAGCCUCCCAUCGAAACCUUGGUGCCUGAGAGUGAGAAAGACCUGGCACUGGAGCGAGCCAUGUUCUCCUGCGUGCUCAGGCCUUUGAAGUCCCAGCUUGAGAAAGCCCUCAUGGCUUUGCACAGCCAGGACGGCUCCACCCAUCUUCUCACUCAGAAUUUGCUACGUCUGAAAGGAGACUCUGCCAUGGAGAGACUCGGCGUGAGGACUGGGGUCCCAGAUAGCCGCGAGGUGGAGAGGGUGAAGCAGAAGCUGAUCUUGAUGCAGCGGACACACUCACCCAUCGAUAAGGUGCUGCUGCUGCUGCAGGUGUGCAAGUGUGUCCAAAAAGCCAUGGGGUGCUUACAUGGACAGGAAGUGAGCUGGGACGACUUCCUGCCGUCACUGUCUUAUGUGAUUGCAGAGUGUAACAGGCCUCACAUCUUGAUAGAGGUGGAGUAUAUGAUGGAGCUGCUGGAGCCCUCCUGGCUCUGUGGAGAGGGUGGGUACUACCUGACCAGUGUGUAUGCCAGCCUAUGUCUUAUCCAGAACCUGGAGCAGGAACAGCCAUUCUCAGACUGCCUGACACCACAGGUCCAGGAGGCGCUGAAGGAGUGGAGCUGCAGAAGAAGUCGAGAGGCCAAGAAACAAAAGGAGAAUCAGCAGAGCCAAAGGUGCGUUCGGAUACUGUUCCAGGACGGGGAGCGGAGCGCCGUGCGGACGUUGCAGUGGAGAGCCGGAGAAACGAGCCAAGCCCUGGCACAGCUUUGUGCUGCCACCUUUGGAGUGUCUGACCCACAGCAAUACACCCUGUACUGGCGAAGCGGCGGUGAGAUGAGGGCCCUGCCGCCUCAGGCCCAGCCCCAGGACCUCGCCAGUCACAGCGAGGGGGGCCCCUCGCUCUCCUACCUGAGGACCGACCACGACUUCAGCAAGAUGCGGCGGCUCACCAGAGGUGGCGCCGUGGACCUGAGCGAGUCGGUGUGUGAGGAGUGAGUGGGAGGCACUGGAGGGAGGAGGGAGGUGGAGGAGGAUAAGGAAAUGGAUGCCUGGUCUUUUUCUCUGUCUCUUUUUCUCUCUCUCUCUGUCUCUUUUUCUCCGGCAUUGUGUUGUGUGACGUUAAGGAUCAGGACUUGUUUUGAAAGACUACAGCCCUUCUCCAGACUAUAAGCUGACCUUAAACGGUAAACUCUGCCCUAAAUGGACCAACAUGCAGAGCAGAGCAGGACCAACAAAGGGACUGUUGCCAAAAGUUGUACCACUCAGUGUGGCUGCUAGUGUAAAGGAGUGUAUUAUUUGUGACAUGGAAAUGUGUAAUAAAUGGACUUGACUGCUAUUUGAAACAUGAACCCAGAGUUAUACCAUGAAGGGAUUACAUCAUUUUAAACGUAAGGAGGCUCAAAUCCAAAGACAAAUUCUGUGAGACUACUGUUGCCUGGAAACAAAAUCAUUUUCUGCAUGCACAUAGGAAGGCAAACUGUCCACCAUGGUGAUGUAACCCUUUCAUAGUGUAGUUCUGGGCUAAAUCUAAAGAACUGUCGAAUGUGUUUUUUUGGGGUUUUUUUUUCUUCAUUUUAUGUGUAAAAGUUUGCAGAUGUUUGGAUGGAACUUUAUAAGUUUUAAAAGUGGGGGGACGAGCCCUUCUGUGCCCCCCUGGAGUACAGCUGGAGAAAAAGUUGACAUGUUAUAGCCAAGACCAAAUCUCAAUACCAAAGUGAUGGAAAACAGAUAAAGAAAGUCCAUUUGCUUCAAAAGGAGUCUAGUUCUGAAGCUUGAGGGAAGCUUUAAAUCUGCUGUUUAUGUUAAGAAUCACCCACAGAAGCAGAUUUAUUUUUACUUUGUGGAGAAAAGGUAAAAAAAACGCUCCUCCUUUCCCUUAAGUGGUUUUGGCAGGUGGAGUAAUGGGUGUGUAGGAGGGAAGUGAUAAAAGAGCAUCGGCUCUUAUUUUUCAAUCGUGUGAGGGGGAACAAAAGCACAUCCCAUCAUCGCUCCCGAACAACCAGCCACAGAUAUAUUGACUGACUUGCGAAUGUAUUAAAACCUUUUUUUUCCUCGUCAGAGUUGAAUCCUUUCAGAACUGCAUUCAUUCCCCGUUUUCAAUCCACUGCUUUUCAGUUCUGUUGUUUCUCUUGGCCACACUGUAAGAUGACAUUGUGUUUUAAGAGGACAGUCUGACCAGUAAACCAGGACCUCACCGUGGCUGGUAGAAUGUAAAUGUCCACGUCGUCAGGUUCUGGUGACUCCUGCUGCAAGUCACCACUACCAGCUGAGUGUUCAUUAUCAGAUAUCAUAAUGUGUAUUUUAAAACUAACUUUUAAUUGUUGAAUUUGUUGGGUAGAUAUCAAAAGUAAGUAUGAAUUUUCAAGACAUCUGGAGUUUUUAAUCCGCUGAGGAGGUUGGUUUCUAGAACUAUAAUGUGUUUUGACAUUAUUGCAUGCUUUUUCAUUUAACGUGAAGGUUCUGCGGAUGUGGUGUGUGCGUACGCGUGAAGCAUGUGUUCACUGUGAGAGCUCACUAUUUCUUUUUUUGUGUAAAAACACAUGACUGUAUUUUGUCAGGUAACUCAGUAUCGCAAUAAAAAUUGCAAUAUCUGUUCUGCA